AGACUGGCUAAAUUGGUGUCCUGAGGCGCCAGUGAGGACAGAGAGGGGGGUGGGAGGGGUGAUAUGAAUCCUGACUCUAACCUGGUAGAGCACAUCUGUAAUCCCAGCUCCUGAGGCAGGAGGAUCGGAGUGGGAAGCCAGUCUGAACUACAUAGCAAGACACUGCUUCCCACCCCCCAAAUGAAAAACCUCACUGAUUCCAACUAAAUAUCACCCUCCCUUCUCAUUCCCCAAAGUACUGUCAUCACAACUGCUCAGAGCCCUGUGGCUGCACCUGCACCUACCCACACACCUCCGUCGGAAACCUCCAUCCUUAUCUUUCAUUUCCUGCGUACCUGCAAUCCUGGCUGCGGAUCACCCCCUAUAUUCAGCCCCCCAGGACAGCCACUUGGUAAGCUCAGGACAUUCAGGACCCUUGCUCCACAAGUACCUGUGACAUCACCAGCUGCCCACAACCUCCUGUGACCUCACCGCCUGGACAGCUGAGCCUAGCACACCCAAGCCACUCCUUCCCACCCACCACAAGUAGCAGGGGGCAUAGAUGACCACUGGGCCCUUGGAAGAGGCUGAAGCCACCAGCAGGCCAGUGUAUGAUCUUCCCGAGGCCUCUGUGGGCAGCGAAGCUGAGGAGAGCUCUGAAAACUUACCCGGAAAGUCUCACAGUCCAGACUACCUGCCUGACGAUGAGCCACCAGCAGGCGUCACGGCGACCCUCCUUGAGGAGCAGGAUGUAGACCCGGCCUCGGUGGCGACAACCUUCACCGCAGAGCAAGAUGAAGAUCCAGUCUCCAUUGACGCCGACACCUUCAUGGGGCAGGAUGAAGACCAGGCCUCCUUGCAGACGGCCACCUCCGUGGAGCAAUAUGUAGACCAGGUGUCCACGCAGAUUACUGCUGUCAUCGGGCAGGAUGAAGACCAGGCCCCUCUGAAGACUGCCACCUCCACGGAACAAGAUGAAAACCAGGUGUCCACGCAGAUUACCACUGUCAAUGGCCAGGAUGAAGACCAGGUUUCCACGCCAAUCACCACUUCCACGGGACAGGAUGGAAAUCAGGCCUCCAUGCAGAUGGCCACCUCCAUAGGGCAAGAUGUGGAGACAGCCAUCUCCAUGGAUAUAUCAACUUCUGGGGACAAAGAAGAGAGCCCAGAUGCUCCAAGCCAUAACCAGGAGCAUCCUGAAGAAAUCACAUCUCUGCUGCCCCAAGAGCCGGGCAUCCUGCAAGUGUUUGUGGGCUUCCAGAACCCAGUGUGGGACAGACUGGCUGAAAAUAACCGUGCAAGUCGGAGCCGCACGGUUUCCCCAAGUGACUCCCAGCAUCAGGCAAAGACACCAGGAAAGCCGAGUGUUCCCGAAGGGCAGCCAGAAAUAGCUCCGAAUGCUGACCUCCCAUCUGCCCUGCCUGAAGAUGCCCAGCCUUCUGCGGGAGCUACUGACCCAUCCACUAUGGAUACCAGCAGUCCUGACCUAGAGCCCACGGGUACCAAGUCUGCCGAGCAGGAAGCUGAAGGUUUCAAGGCCUUGAACCCUGAAAGCAAAGCUAGACCCCCAGGGGCGACCAGGGAGGAUUUAGCUGAUGACUCAACAAUCCCGCAGACCCCACCUUCCCUCAGCUCCCCAGCAGGCAGUCCACCUCCCUCUCCAGAUCCCUGCCACGUGGCCCUGGGCAGGAACCUUCUAGACCCCAGCCUGUACAGGUCUGACGUGGAGAAUGACUACAUGCGCUCCAUGACCAGCCUGCUGGGCGGCGGUGAGGGCUCCAUCAGCUCCCUGGCAGACAUCCUGGUGUGGUCAGACACAGCCACGGGCAUGGGCUUGGCUGUGGGCUUCCUGGCCUCAGGCCACAGCUCUCCAGCUGACAGGCUACACGAUGAGGGUCCCAGCCUGCGCACUGUCUCCAGCAUCUUGGGCAGUGCCAGGUCAGCUUUCUCCUCCGGGUUGGUGGCUGGAACUGGCUCAGCCCUGCGCUCAGUCACUCACCUGCUGGAGUCUGUGGAGAGACGAACCGCAGAAGGCAUCCGUUCAGCUAUGCGCUACCUGGUCAACCACUUCACCUCACACUGGGCCCGCACUGCCCCCAACAGUGACUAGACCAACAAGUCCCCCGCUCCCUCCCCACCCCUGCACUAGAUAGAUGACUCCCCAGCCCUUCAGUAAAUAACCACAAGCGUUUAUUUUCUAA